AGCACAGCCGACCCGUCACUGUGGUGCAAAUCUGGCAUACUGGCAGAGAUGGCCUCCCUUCUCCAGCCGGAUAGAGUCGUCUAUCUGGUUCGUGGAGAAAAGCGGAUCAGAGCUCCUAUUUCCCAGCUUUAUUUUUGCCGUUACUGCAGCGAACUACGAUCCCUAGAAUGUGUGUCUCACGAGGUGGACUCUCAUUACUGCCCGAGCUGCUUGGAAAACAUGCCAUCUGCAGAAGCUAAACUGAAAAAGAACAGGUGUGCCAACUGUUUUGACUGCCCUUGUUGCAUGCACACCCUGUCUACUCGGGCAACAAACAUCCCCGCUCCUUUGCCUGAUGAUCCUACUAAGACUGCAAUGAAGAAGGCCUACUACCUGGCUUGUGGCUUCUGCCGGUGGACCUCCCGGGAUGUGGGAAUGGCUGACAAAUCAGUGGCCAGUGGUGGGUGGCAGGAGCCUGAAAACUGUCAUACUCAGCGGAUUAACAAACUGAUGGAGUAUUACCAGCAGCUGGCUCACAGAGAGAAGCAGGAGCGCGACAGGAAGAAGCUGGCCAGGAGACGACAGGGCAUGCCUUUGGCUUUCUCGCAACACACUAUUCAUGUGGUGGAAAAGUACGGGCUUGGGACACGGCUGCAGCGGCAGAGGGCCGGUGCACCCAUUUCAACCCUGGCGGGUCUUUCUCUAAAAGAGGGGGAGGACCAGAGGGAGAUCACCAUUAAGCCUGCACAGGCUCUUGAUGAGGUGGAGCCUCUGCCUGAAGAUUUUUACACUAGACCCAUCAGUUUGCCAGAGGUGACCCGGCUGCGCCAGCGACUUCUGCAGCCCGACUUCCAGCCUGCCGGAGCCUCACAGCUGCACCCCCGACACAAACACCUCCUGAUGAAGCGCUCACUGCGCUGCAGGAAAUGUGAGCACAACCUGAGCAAACCCGAAUUUAAUCCCACUUCAAUCAAGUUCAAAAUUCAGCUGGUGGCUUUGAGUUACAUCCCUGAAGUGAGAAUUAUGUCCAUUCCAAAUCUGCGCCACAUGAAGGAGAGCCAAGUGCUGCUGACCCUGACCAACCCGGUGGAGAACAUCACUCAUGUCACACUGGUCUCUUGCGAGGAGGACGAUCCAGACAACAUUAACAGCACUGCAGAGGUCAUCGUGCCCCGUAAGGAGCUGCUGUUGGCAGGGAAGGAUGCUGCUGCUGAGUAUGAUGAAUUGGCUGAACCUCAAGACUUCCACGAUGACCCCGAUGUUGUUGCCUUCAGGAAGUCCAACAAGAUUGGUUUCUUCAUCAAAGUGAUCCCCCGCAAAGAGGACGAUGCCGAUGUCACCGUUUCGUUUAAGAUGCGGCACGACUUCCGCAACCUCACCGCUCCCGUCAGGCCCAGCGAGGAGGGCGGCGACACGGCGCCGGAUGCUAUUUGGCUGACGCACCACGUCGAGAUGAGGCUGGGACCGCUUGUCCCCUGAACAAGAAACCUUCAUGUUCUUUUACCAUUUCUUAAUAUUAUGAAGAAGCUAUCGACAUUACUUUAUGUUGCUUUACUUGCUUAUUUAUGCCUUUUUGUUGCAGCCCAGCUUCCACUAAAUAAUAGGUAGAGGAGUAUCAUGUCCUGUGAGAUACAUAUAUCAAUAUGAUACAAGUUGACCGUACCCUCUUCCAUCAGUCGCUGCUGCGGUAUAUAUAUUUUUAUCUUAAACACAACCAUUUUUUUUCUUCCUGGAGCUGUUUGCAGUUGCGAUGAAAUGCAUAAACAGCUUCACAAGAAGAGUGUAAAAGAUGAGCAUAAUGGGAGAUCAUAUCAGAACUGUGUAUAACUGCACCUGUAGCUUCCUCAGACAGCAUGGAUCGUCUAUAAUAAAUAUUACAACCGUCACUGUAUCCAACGUUCUGCUGUACUCCGCUUUAUUCCCUGCAAAAUAAAGAAACCGUGGACACUAAGACAA